AUGUCACAGAAAUCCAUUAAACAUUCCGGAUCGACUCAAGACCUUUCAUUGGAAACUGUUUCGCGCCGCAAACGGGGUCAUAACGAUGAAUUCACAGAAGCAUUCGAACAAUUUAAGAAGCAAAUUAUGGAUACAUUACUCGAAUUCAAGUCGGAUAUUAGUCGAGAAACUGCGGAGAUUAAGGAUUCCUUGAAAACCAUCAACGAGGUCACUCAAGAACUAAAAUGUGAGGUAAACUACAUCCGAGAAGAAUACUCAGCAAUGAAGAAGUCGUUUGAAAUUUUGGAUACUGCUCAGAAAAAGGUGCAAGAGGAGAUAACUACUUUUAAAAAAUCACUGCAAUUCCAUAGCGAUGAGCUAAAAAAUAAGAAUAAAAUACUAAAUUCCAAUAUAAAUGAAAGCGAGCAAAGGGAUAGAUUGUUGAACGUAGAAAUUGUUGGAGUGCCGGAAAUGCCACAAGAAAACCUACUGCAAUUUACUGAAAACCUUGCGAAUCAUGCCGGUGUUGUAAUAAUCCGUGAGAAUAUAAUACAUGUAAAUAGAGUGGCUUCUAAGACCAAAAACCAAGGUAGACCCAAAAAUAUAAUCAUUAAGUUAAGUACACGUCAACUCAGAGACAAUCUAAUCUCGAAGGCGCGUAAAUGCCGUUUGACUACUUCAGACCUACAGAUUCAUGGCAAAGUUACCCCUAUAUUCGUGAAUGAACAUCUCACCAUCUACAACAAGAAUCUUUUGAAGAAAGCUAAAGAAAUAUCUCGGUCUAAGGAAUAUCAGUAUACCUGGUCAAAAAACGGGCGAAUUUAUGUGAGAAAAGCUGCUACAGCACCUGCCAUUCCAAUUGCAGACGAGGAAGACCUAUGGAAAAUUAUUUAG